GUGAAAUGGUAUUCCUUCUUAUUACAACCAUAAUAAUGGGAUAUGGCAAAAACGAUAUGCCUGUCAUUCUCUGGCCCUGAAAAAGUAUUGGGAAAAUCCUAUUUUGUCUGUUUGCUCCGUGCUAUCUCAACCGUGCACACCCCCCUUCAUGAGAUGUGGUUAUAAUUCCAGCCUAGAGCGCGGGCUUUCCUCGUGGGACGUCGGCGAAAGGUCGCGCGCUGCACUGUAGCCCAAGUAGGAUAACUGCAUACGUGGAGUGUGUCUGAAAGUGUCGCCCGAUCAGCUCUCGCCUCCCAAACGGCGUCGCUGCGGCGUCUUGUGACCAGACCUGCAACAGGGAUAGUCCACUCGACCUGAGCACUGUUCCGGGAGCGAGAGGCACACACUUUCAUCACCCUCAGUGGCUCCACACCGCAGAAAGGUAGUCUAGUCAGAGUUGUGCGUUGAUUAUCGAGACGAGACGGUUUCAAACAGUUACGGCACGCACCAGAUUAGCCGCGGCAUAUGGUUGGGAAUUGGAAAUAGCUCCCGGCGCACGAGCGCAGAUCUGUGUGUGGAGCGGUUCCGUUUCACGCCACUGAGAAACGGGGAUUAAGAGCGACAGCGAACGUGUCAGCAGCACGGACAGAACAUCUCAUCCCCAGACGCCUGCCUGCCGCCAGCCCCUAGCAGCACCAGCCUCACAGCCUCCCGGCCCCCAUGGCACUUGGCACUGAUUCCUACCACAAGGACAGAUGGUGCCAACCCUGACCCCUCUCCUCGCCUGUGGGGACCCACACCGCCACAGAGAGACCGCCCAUUGACAGGAACAGGAAGAGGGAGCUCCAUCGCCACGGCAACUCCUAGCCCCACAUCCUCUCCAAGGGCCUCAGAUAAACACAUUCACACAGCAGGAACUCGGUGAGGUCCCUGUUUUGUUUGUCUCCGGCUAAUUUGUGCCUUUGAGAUUUCACCACCAUCAGACUUCUUCUUUAGGCGUUCCAUUCCAUGCCUGUUUAGACUGUAUGAGAAUGUGCUCAUGGACCAGGACCAGUGCAGGAGUACGACAUUAGUUUGCUGAAAGCCAGUGAAACUUCAUCCUGUCUGGGACUUCUCCUCUUUCCCUCCUGGCUGGCCUGGCCUCUCAGGCCUGGAUGAAUUAUUAAACAGACUCCACAGCCAAGCUCAGGCUCAGUGCUGCUGGGAGCUCUAUAGGCCUCUUUAAACCCUUGCUGAUUGAAGGGAUCAGAGUCACGGGGUCAUAGGUCAAACGACACUGCAAAGAGAAAAGAGGUAGAAGCAGUUUCUGCCGUUUAACUGCAGAUCAAAGCAAAACCUCCAACUCUCUGGCUCCCUUGACUCUCCUCUCCUCCAGACAGAAGUCAAACAACCACAAUUCUGUUUAUUCUUUACUGGACAUUAUUAUUAUAUUGAACCCAUUACUACUUGAUCUACAGACAGAUUACCAUAUAAUGGCUGACUCCUAUAUUAAAAAAAUAAAAAAGGGAAUAGCACUUCAACAUAAAAUUAGACACUAAUGGCUUGGUGGGAUGAAUUCAGCAGGGCCAAAUAACAGAGGAGGGAAUACGGUGUCCCUAAAGCAUAGCAGGUAAUUGGAGAAAAGCACAGCUUCUCUGUCGAGCCGACCGACAGACUGACCUUCAGGCUGAAAACUCGGAACCAAAAAGGCAUGAACUGACUGAUUUUUUUUCAAGGCUUACGGUUAUCUCUGGGAUUUCAUCAUCAUUAUCACAGAGAACAUUUGCAUAACUGAAAUAUGCUGCACUGCACACAACUACCAUCAACAUUGUUGGGUGCAGACGUUUGGGAGAAGCCAUUGUCUGCACCUGUCUGACAAUAUGGAAGAGAGACUACAGUAGAGCGCAGGGAGAGAAAACAGAGGCGCAGAUGAUAAAGGUAUCUAUCAGGCUCCAUCCUGGUCCCAUAGCUCUGAGGGUUCAGUGACGGGCUGUCCUCUCAGGCUGCAGUGGAUUACACGAGGGAACCUGUGAUCCACAAAUAAUACCUGUAAUCCAGUGAGAAGGAACUGUGAUCCGGAGAGAGGCCCAGUGAUCGAUCCACCAAGGGCUGCUGUGAUUCACUGAGGACUGAGAGUUUCAGAGAGAAGGAACUAUGACCCGGCACUGAGCGUACCAGUGGUCCAGGUUGUGUUCUGCCGUCAGGCUGGGCGAAUCAGGAUGCCAGAGCUGGAGGACUUCCCCCCAAUGCGGGAUGACCAGCCGGUUGGUCCUGACCCGAACCAGAUCCAGCGCAGCAUACUGGACGAGCAGGUAGAGCUGUGGUGGUUCCGCGACCCGGCCAAGUCUCUGCUGUGCUACGCCGUCGCCGUCCUACUCAUCCUGGGCUGCGGCCUGGGAGGCAUACUACUCCUCUCCACCACGACCAGCUUCUCUAGUGACUGGCGCAUGGGAGCGGGCAUGGCUCUGUGUCUCUUAGCCCUGGCCGUCCUCCUCAAACAGCUCCUGAGCUCCGCCGUGCAGGACAUGAACUGCGUCCGCAGCCGGAGGCGGAUCGAUAUCCUGAAGAGCGGAGGGCUGUCGGAUCUGUUAGUGGUUCUCAUCACAGGGCUGUGUCUGGUGGUCUGCGGGGCCGUACUGCUGAAGCUGGCACUAGGACACCACAUGCCCAAGCCCGGCGUAGCCCUUAAUGAUAUGUACAUCUCUGGGGUGGUGUUGUUAGCUGGAGGAGGGUCAGCGGUGGUGGGGGUGGGAGUGUACACGGGGGUGGUGUUCCUGUUGGAGAGGACGUGGCCGGGACAGAGGUUCAGGGAUAGGGCCAUGGGGGUGUUCACUAUCUCUGGACGACACAUGGACCAGGGUAGGAGGGAGACCACCUCUAGCUUGGCUAACCUCAUCUGACCAGAGACAUGGCAUGGGAUAGGUAGCCCGAAACAGCAGAUGACCGCAACACUCAUAUGGCCCAGAUCUUAUCCAUAUAUGGGCACCGGGAGGGUUGGAAUUUAUUGGUCCGCUCUGGCUUGAGAUAGGUGGGCUUAGUUGCUGGGCCCCAUUUGGUGUGAACGUGGGCCACAUCCACCUUGCUGUCUGGGAGGGACCAAUGGACAUCACAUGUGAAAAUGGAAUUUGAGCAAAGUGGCCGCCUUUGGAGCAACUAAGUAUCAAUUCAAUUUUGCAGGUCCAUGAAUUGCAAUAUGGGAUAGAGAGCUGUGUCUACACAACAUGUGCUAUUUUACUGAUUCAAGCAUUGGCCAUCCUUGGAUAAUUACUUAUGAGAUGGAACCCCAGCAGAGCACUACUCUCUAUAAUGUGCAAUAAACAGAACGACAGUGACACAGACACUGGUCCCGGACACAGAACAAAGACACUGGUCCCGGACACAGAACAAAGACACUGGUCCCGGACACAGAACAAAGACACUGGUCCCGGACACAGAACAACGAUUAAGAUUCAUAAUGUGUCUAAUCUAAUAGUAUCAUCCACUACAAAGCAGUUGGUGAAAAAGCUGCUGUAUGGAAUAAUCAUAUCAUAGAAUAAUGUAAACAGGUUACUGUAUGAAGUGAUUUCCUGAUAAAUGUCACAUUUUGUCACCUUUUUAUGUCACAGGUUUACAGCUGUGUUGGGUAGUCAAAGGCCUUGCAACUCUACGAAGAAUCUGAGGAGAAUGUCGCCUGGUUGAAUGGUACAAUAUGGUUUAAUUGAACAAAGCAUCUGUGUGUUUGCGUGUGUGUCUGGCCCUCGCAACUCCUUAUCAGGCAGUACAUGUGAGCUGUCUGUCACUCAGAGACAAUAGGGGUCACUGAGGCGGCCAUUGUUGUUGUACCGACGGCCGGCCAGGCCAAUGGACAAUGGGCAGGCUGUGGAUCGUAAGGGGUUGGCGUCGCCCAGUACGGCUUUCCCUUACCACCCUCUAACACACACACACACACACACACACACACACACACACAGCGGCAGCGACUGUGGCUGUAAUCCCUCAUUGACAAGGGACUGUUCUCUGACCUGAAGUCUCUCUCUGUCUCUGCUGUGCAAUGCUAUGCAGGACAUGCGAGAAAGAGAAAACAGUACAAUAUAGCGACAGGAGAGAAACCAGACGAGAAAGAGCGACCGAGCUAAACCCUCAGGUGCAGUCCACCUUUUAGGCCAUAGGGGGUUCAUACUCACAAACUUGUGCUUAAACUGGCAGUUUAGACCUUAGGUUUCAAAUGUCUAUCUGCUAGCUUUUCUCAUAGGCAAACCUGGCACAAUUGGCCAUCUGGCUACCAUGAGUCAUUUGUAUAGUGAAUAAAAAUAUAAAAACGCAACAUGUAAAGUGAAAUAAAAAUAAAAGAUGACCCCAAAUUUUCCAUACAAGCUUAUUUCUCUCAAAGUUUGUGCACAAAUAGUUUACAUCCCUGUUAGUGACCAUUUCUCCAGGUGAGGCAUAUCAAGAAGCUGUUAAUUUAGCAUGAUAAUUACACAGGUGCACUUUGUGCUGGGGACAAUAAAAGGCCACUCUAAAACGUGCAGUUUUGUCACACAACACAAUGCCACGGAUGUCUCAAGUUUUGAGGGAGUGUGCAAUUGCCAUGCUGACUGUAGGAAUGUCCACCAGAGAAGUUGCCAGAUCAUUUAAUGUUCAUUUCUCUACCAUAAGCCGCCUUUAAUGUCGUUUUAGAGAAUAUGGCAGUAAGCCUAACUGGCCUUACAACCGCAGACCACGUGUAACCACGCCAGCCCAGGACCUCCACAUCCAGCUUCUUCACCUGCGGGAUCGUCUGAGAACAGCCACCCGGGACAGCUGAUGGGUUUUGCACAACCAAAGAAUUUCUGCACAAACUGUCUCAGAAAACGUCUCAGGGAAGCUCCUCUGCAUGCUCGUUGUCCUCACCAGGGUCUUGACCAAAUUGCAGUUCAGCGUCGUAACCGACGUCAGUGGGCAAACGUUCACCUUCGAUGGCUACUGGCACGCUGGAGAAGUGUGCUCUUCGCGGAUGAAUCCCAGUUUCAACUGUACUGGACAGAUGUCAUACAGCGUCUAUGGCGUCGUGUGGGCGAAUGGUUUUCCGAUGUCAACAUCGGGCGCGGUGCCAGGAUUUCUUUCUCUCCCGGUGCUAAGGGGGGGCUUGACCAAUACGUGGGGGUGCUAAGAACAUUUUCAGGACUAUUUACAAGUGCAUUUAUUCCUGACAAUUGUGCAUUGGUAAUAAUGUUUCGGAUGAAAUGGCUAUCACAAGGUCAGAAAUGAAAUGACUAAUAUCCAAAGUGCAGCCACAACGAGAAGUGCAAUGCAUUUAGCCGAUGCCUGUUAACUGUGCACACACUUGUAAUACGAACUGGCUAUCAGCACAAUCUUAGUGAUUUAUAUUUCUAUUGCAAACAAAAAUAACUUGUAGGCCGAUGACAUACAUGCGUCCGGCUGUGCAUUGGUUAUAAUGUUACCAAUUAAAUGAAAGGAAUAAUAUACACAUUGCAGCCACAAUGAGAAGUGCGUUGACCCCUUGCCUGUCAACUUUGCCCACAUGGUGUAAAACGAGCUGGCUGUCAUCACAAUCUUAGCCAUUUCUAUUUCUAUUGCAAACAUACUUGUAGGCCGACUGCAUCUUCUUGUUCCAUCCAGAUCCAGAUCGGCGCGAUUGAAUCAUGUUCCCACCAGCGGACAGGCGCGCUCUGUCAAUGAAUAAAAGGUCUUUCAGUUACUCCCCAGGUGUUUGUUUUAUUAGAAGGACGAUACGACGAUACGUUGUUGAGUCGAUAAUCUUCUGGACAUCCAGGGCCCUGGUUCUUUCUGCGUGUUAUGGACAGGCAGGCAAGCUUGCUGAGUCAAGGGUUUGCCCAGUAUUUCAUUCUGUAUAUCAUGAUGCACUUAGCAUUUCUAGGAUUAUCUGAGAUUUUCUUUGUCGAAUUUGCCUCUGACCUGUAAAAGUUCAAGGAAGUUUCCCUCUCUGUGAAAGUCCCUGGUAUGCAGUAAAAUGCAAUGACUCCACAACUGCUCUCAUAUAUUCUCUGUUCUCUGACUAUCUUUCUGAGUAGUCCACUCAUUCCAUAUUUAUGCUCCACACUAGCAUUGUGUGUCUUGAACAAACUUGUGGCCUUCUUCCAGUUCUGGUAGCCAUCGUGGGUAAAUGCUGCCUUCUCUCCACCAUAGUUUCCUGGACGUUGAAAAUGGCGGCAUGCAAAGCAGAAAGCACAGUCCUUUGAGAUUUAGAAUAUUCCAGCCAUUUGUAAUCCUCAUACCAUCUACGAUUGAAGUAGCGAUCCUGCUGUCCAACUUUUGUGGCUGGAUAAAGCCGAAGAAGAGGGCGCCUUGGUUCUUCAAGGCAGGUGACUGGCUUAAAUCCGAGGGAGUGGUGGCUGUGCUAACAGUGCAGCUAACGGUGGCUUUGGAGCAGCUAGCAGUGACAAACUGCUCUGGUGCUCCCUCACGUCGUGGCUCACAAUUUUUUUCUCUCUCCGACUCAUCUUUCUUAUCUCCCUCUUCUUCGGCCCCCUCAGACAGGGUCUGGAUUUUCAUUUUCUACCCGCACUCUUCUCUUGAUCAGAAAACAGUCCAUCACAACGGAGCGAGAUGGGUGACUAGCUAGCUAGCUAGCUAGAAGUUAGCACACACCAGACACACGUCAUAGGGGACACGAGCACGCAGCCAGGGAUCGGAUUGGAACGGAAUCUCUGGUUAUUAACUUUGACAUAUUUCUUUAUUUAAAAAAAAUAAAAAAUAAAAAUGCUUUUGAGGGGGCUUAACUGGGGCUAUGCAGAUUUGUAAUGUAGCUAUAACCUCCCCUAGCCCCGGUGUAGCUCCGUGCCUGGUCAACAUCGUGAACAGAGUGUCCCUUGGUGGGGUUAUGGUAUGGGCAAACAUAAACUACGGACAAUGAAUACAAUUGCAUUUUAUCGAUGGCAAUUUGAGUGCACAGAGAGACCGCGACGAGAUCCUGAGGUUCAUUGUCGUGCCAUUCAUAUGCCGCCAUCACCUCAUGUUUCAGCAUUAUAAUGCACUGCCCCAUGUUGCAAGGAUCUGUACACAAUUCCUGAAAGCUGAAAAUGUCCCAGUUUUUCCAUGGCCUGCAUACUCACCAGACAAGUGAGCAUGUUUGGGAUGCUCUGGAUCGAUCUAUACAACAGUGUUCUCACCAAUAUCCAACAAAUUCACACAGCCAUUGAAGAGGAGUGGGACGACAUUCCACAGGCCACAAUCAACAGCCUGAUCAACUCUAUGCGAAGGAGAUGUGUUGUGCUGCAUGAGGCAAAUGGUGGUCACACCAGAUAUUGACUGGUCUUCUGAUCCACGCCCCUACUUUUUUAAAAAUGUACAGUAUCUGUGACCAACAGAUGCAUAUCUGUAUUCCCAGUAAUGUGAAAUCCAUAAAUUAGGGCCUAAUUAAUUUAUUUGAAUUGACUGAUUCCCUUAUGAACUGAAACUUUGAAAUUGUUGCAUGUUGCAUUUAUAUUUUUGUUCAGUGUAUGUUCGGUAACAAAAUAAAGAAUCUUAUUAAACUAGGUCAACUUGGCCACCAGA